CCAUACACCUAAGCUACCCAUGUUUGGCACCUGUAAAUCACAUUAACGUGGGCUAGCUUUGCAUGCUGACUGAAACUUCCCUAUAAUCCAGCUCCUUCACUCAGAGGAACACUUGGGCAGCAUUCUGUGGUGCUUCCUGCUCAAACAUUAAGAGGCAUUCUUCAGAAACCCACAGGGUUGAAAGAUUGUCUUGAUAUAAGCCUUAAAAAAUUUGCUUCUCAUGGACCUCGCUCGCACGCUCCUUGUCAUGAUAUGGAUCACGGCGAGCCUUUUCUUCCAGAAUUCAAGCAAUGUGGAAGGAAGAUACCAUUACCACAAGAAGCAGAAUAAAAGCUCCCCUGCUCCUCCCCAUGAAUCUCAAAACCCUUCAUCCCCUGCUAAUCCCCCUUCUGUUCCUUCUGACCCGUACCCAAAUGACCCUGGAAGUUCUAGCACCAACAGUGUUUUCGAUGUAACAACUUUUGGGGCAGUCGGAGAUGGUUGUACCGAUGACACUGCUGCAUUCACAGCAGCAUGGAAAGCAGCUUGUGCAGUAGAAUCAGGAGUGGUCCUAGCCCCAGCUGACUAUUGUUUCAUAAUUACUUCAACAAUCUUCUCAGGGCCAUGCAAGCCAGGACUUGUAUUCCAAGUGGAUGGAGUCCUAAUGCCACCGGAUGGACCAGAUUCCUGGCCAAAAGCAGACAGCCGGAAACAAUGGCUCGUGUUUUACCGACUUGACCACAUGUCUUUCACAGGAAAAGGAACCAUUGAAGGGAAUGGCCAGAAGUGGUGGGAGCUCCCAUGCAAGCCUCACAGGGGGCCUAAUGGAUCGACAAUGUCAGGACCAUGCGACUCUCCUGCAUUAAUUAGGUUCUUCAUGAGCUCAAAUUUGGUGGUCAGCAGUUUAAAGAUCCAAAAUAGUCCUCAGUUCCAUAUGAAAUUCGACGGCUGUGAAGGAGUAUUGAUAGACAAAUUGUCCAUCUCUUCACCUAAACUUAGCCCCAAUACUGAUGGGAUCCACAUUGAGAACACCAAGACUGUUGGAAUAUACAACUCCAUGAUAGCCAAUGGCGAUGAUUGUAUUUCCAUUGGACCUGGGUGUUCAGAUGUUGACAUUGAGGGUGUAACUUGCGGGCCUAGUCACGGGAUAAGCAUUGGAAGCCUUGGAGUGCACAAUUCCCAGGCAUGUGUUUCUAACGUAACAGUCAGAAACGCAGUCAUCAAGGAAUCGGACAAUGGGCUCAGAAUCAAGACAUGGCAAGGUGGGAUGGGUUCUGUGACAGGCAUAUCAUUCGAGAACAUCCAAAUGGAGAAUGUCAUGAACUGCAUAAUCAUAGACCAGUAUUACUGCAUGGCAAAGGCAUGUUUAAACCAAACAUCAGCAGUACAUGUCUACGACAUUUCCUUCAGGAACAUAAAGGGCACCUACGAUGUGCGCAAGCCCCCCAUACAUUUUGCAUGCAGUGACACAAUUCCCUGCACAAAUAUAACACUCUCAGAGGUGGAACUUUUCCCACAGGAAGGGGAGCUGUUGGAUGAUCCAUUCUGCUGGAAUGCCUACGGAAAUCAGGAAACCUUGACUAUACCUCCCAUUAAUUGCUUGCAAGAUGGGGAACCUCAGACUGUGGCAGCGCUCUCAGCAUUUGGAUGCUAAGACAGUGAGUCAACUGGUUUUGGUUAUUGAUAUAGAAUUAAGAAUACUGUAUAGAGCCCAAUAGGUCCUUAUCUGUUAUGGGUCUUCAUUUAUUACUUAGGCUCCAUCCCUAUUUGGGUUUCCUGCCCUUAUUGUGUGAUGAGAUAUGGAAAUGGGUCUACCCUUUUGGGCCUAUAUUGUAAUAGAUUUUAUGCAUACUUCACAGUUAUAUAUAUGCAAUUAUUGAGAGUUUGAAUUUCAUAAUCAUCAUGUUUCUUCUGUA